GAGGUUCAUUUUCCAAAAAAAUAUUUCUUAAUGGUUAACCGCAAGCAAUGCGAAUGUUUUCGGUACGUGGGUCAGAAUUCCGCACGCCGGUUUCCAUGUCUCUGCCGCCGUAGAAGCUCAUUGCGUUACUCUGAGAGCUGCUAUGUCAUCAAAUUAAGCCACAAGAUAAAGCGAUUGCCGUGUCUGCCUUAUGUUAUGGCAGAAGUUCAUAAAUAAGGGCAGUAUUGAGCCCCCCACAAUUUUUCAGGUGUCCAAACCAAGGUUGAGACGGCAGGGCUGGAAAAAACCAGGACUAUUCACCAACCUUACCUGGACAGUCACCUUGUGGCGCUCAACUUUAGAGCACCGCAAGAUGGCCAUACAGGAACCGCAGCGGAGGUCGGUGCCGCGACAGCCGCGUCUCCCCAACCAGAGCAUGAGCCCCUCUGCCCCUAAAAGCAAGACCGCUUGGCUGGACGGUGCCUGUCCCGUGGGAAAUGGGACAGUUGGCAGGGCUCCUGUUCUGGUUGCGCUCGCUUUGAUUGAAAGCGGAAUGAAGUAUGAAGAUGCCAUCCAGUUCAUCAGACAGAAGCGCAGAGGCGCCAUCAACAGCAAGCAGCUGACGUACUUGGAAAAAUACCGGCCGAAGCAGAGGCUACGAUUUAAGGACCCCCAUAACCAUAAAAAUAAAUGCUGCAUCAUGUAAAGGUGGAAUGUCUGCCAAGGCGCACGCUCGCCGCGCGCUCCUCCUACACAGGGUUUAACUAUGACGUCGGCGGGCUGUUUCACGAUACGGACUAUCGAUUGUUUUCAUAUGAAGGUCCCUUCGUACCGACAACGGCAAAAAAAAUUAAAA